AUCAAUUAGGUGGAACUCGUGACAUUGUCCUUGUAAUCCCUAAUGGCAGAAACAUGUAUCGUGUUUUACGCUUGGUCAAAAUGUGACAAAUCUUUCGGGUUCGGACUUCUCGACACAGGACGACAGAGCAGUCUGUUUGGUGCGCAGCUGAAGAAGAAGAUUAUGAAAUCCCUGAUUAUUUUAUCCGGAUUAAUUCUAACGGUCUGGGCCCAAACGGAUAUCUUCGGAUGGAUUCAAGGAUAUAAUCUACUACCAGGCGACUGUAGGCUGCCGAUGCGACCAGGGUAUUCUAAACUAAAAUUUCAACAAGGAGAGACCAAGUGGUUCUUCAAUAUGACUUCCAAGCAAUGCGAACCGUUCGAAUACUUCGGAAGGGGAGGUAACGGCAAUCGCUUCCGGACCCCAAUACAUUGUCUGCGCAGAUGCGGUUGCAAGGUACAGCAAGAUCCUGGUCACUGCACCAAUUUUACAUUUCCUGUGAUCCGAUACGCCUACAACAGCAUGUGGCGAUUUUGCUCGGAGUUUGAGUACUAUGGCUGCGGAGGCAACAUGAACAAUUUUGCAACAUUCUUUGAAUGCCAGUUGGGUUGCGGAGGUGGAUUUGAAUUCUAAAACUUUUAAUUUACUUAAUAUUUUGAGUUUAAUAUUUUGGAAAUUGGUCCAAGACCGUUAUGCCCAUCGUUCUUUGUGAAUUUUUCUUAUCUUCUACAGUAUUUGCAAUGUGUUUGGAAAUAUACAACGUUCUUUCUAUUGCUCAAGAAGGUUAACUCGAGCAUGAACCUAAUUGAAAAAAGAAAAUAUUAAAAAUGUUUACAGUU